AUGUCGGGUGUAGCUGAACAAGUGGACAAGUUAUCCGUUGAAGAUAACAAACCUAUACAACAAGAGCCAAUUAAAUCUAAAGAUCAAGUAUCGAAUUCAAAUUCUAAAGAACAAUCUAAAGAUCAAGAACCAAAAGAGCAAAAACAACCAAGCGAACAAAAUAAAUCAAAUGAACAAAAACAACCAAAGGAAACAAAACAAAAACAAGGAGGUACAAGAAAGGAGAAAAAAGCAGCCAAUGCAUCAGGAACAAAUUCAUCAUUAUAUUUAGAUCCACAACCUGCAUUUUUAGAAGAAAGAAUUAAAUUAUUUGAUGAAUUAAAAUUAAAAUAUGAUGAAAUAAUAGCUCAAAAACCAAGAACUAAAAUACAAAUUAAAUUAAAAGAUGGUACAAUAAAAGAAGGUAUAUCUUUUGAAACUUCACCAUUAGAUAUUGCUAAUUCAAUUGGGAAAUCAUUUGCUGAGAGACAAGUUAUUUCAAAAGUUAAUGGACAAUUAUGGGAUAUGCCUAGACCUUUUGAAGAUCAAGAAGAAGUUUUAUUAGAAUUUUUAGAUUUUGAUCAUCCCGAAGGUAAAGCAGUAUUUUGGCAUUCUUCAGCUCAUAUUUUAGGGGAAUCUUGUGAAUGUCAUUAUGGUUGUCAUUUAUCUCAUGGACCACCAACAGAUGAUGGAUUUUUUUAUGAUAUGUCUAUAAAUGAUGGAACUCAAUUUGUUGUUGAAGGUGAUUAUUCAAGUUUAGAAACAAUUGCAACAAAAGCAAUAAAAGAAAAACAAAAAUUUGAAAGAUUAGAAAUGACAAAAGAAGAUUUAUUAAAAAUGUUUAAAUAUAAUAAAUAUAAAGUUCAAUUCAUUUCAGAUAAAAUUCCAGAUGGUACUUCAACUACAGUAUAUAGAUGUGGUCCAUUAAUUGAUUUAUGUGUUGGACCACAUAUUCCUCAUUCUGGAAGAAUUAAAGCUUUCAAAGUUUUAAAAAAUUCAAGUUCUUAUUUUUUAGGUGAUGCAAAAAAUGAUUCAUUACAAAGAAUAUAUGGUGUUUCUUUCCCAGAUAAGAAGUUAAUGACUGAACAUUUACAAUUCUUAAAAGAAGCAGCAGAAAGAGAUCAUAGAAAAAUUGGUAAGGAGCAAGAAUUAUUCUUUUUCAGUGAUAUGUCACCUGGUUCAGCUAUGUGGUUGCCUCAUGGUACAAGAAUCUAUAAUACCUUAGUUGAUACUUUAAGAUAUGAAUAUAGAAGAAGAGGUUAUGAAGAAGUCAUUACUCCUAACAUGUAUUCAACUAAAUUAUGGGAAACUUCUGGUCAUUGGCAAAAUUAUAGUGAAAACAUGUUUUCUUUUGAAGUAGAGAAAGAAACCUACGGAUUGAAGCCUAUGAAUUGCCCUGGUCAUUGCGUGAUGUUCAAGUCAAGAGAACGUUCCUAUAGAGAGUUACCUUGGAGAGUUGCUGAUUUUGGAGUUAUUCAUCGAAAUGAAUUUUCAGGUGCGUUAUCUGGUUUAACAAGAGUGCGCAGAUUUCAACAAGAUGACGCGCAUAUUUUUUGUACUCCAGAACAAAUUGGUAGUGAAAUUGCAGGAGUUUUUGAUUUAUUAAAAAAAAUGUAUGGUAUAUUUGGAUUUGAAUUUAAAAUGGAAUUAUCAACAAGACCUGAAAAAUAUGUUGGUGAUUUAAAUACUUGGAAUUCGGCUGAAUCUAAAUUAGCAAAUGCAUUAGAUGAAUUUUUAGGUAAAGAUAAAUGGGAAUUAAAUCCUGGUGAUGGAGCAUUUUAUGGUCCAAAAAUUGAUAUUAUGAUAAGUGAUGCAUUAAAAAGGUGGUUUCAAUGUGCUACUAUUCAAUUAGAUUUUCAAUUACCUUCUAGAUUUGAAUUAGAAUUUAAAACUUCAGAAGAAGGUAAUGCAAGACCAGUUAUGAUUCAUAGAGCAAUAUUAGGAUCGGUUGAAAGAAUGACAGCUAUUUUAACAGAACAUUAUAAAGGUAAAUGGCCAUUUUGGUUAUCACCAAGACAAAUUUUAAUUGUACCAGUUGGACCAAAAUUUUAUGAAUAUGGAGAAAAAUUAAAAAAAAUAUUUAAUGAUGAAGAAUUUUAUUGUGAUAUUGAUAUAAGUGGUAAUACUUUACCAAAAAAAGUAAGAACUGGUCAAAUGUUUAAAUAUAAUUUUAUUUUUAUUGUUGGUCAAGAAGAACAAGAUAAUUAUGGUGUUAAUGUUAGAAAUAGAGAUAUACCAGAAGAACAAGGUAAAAAUGCUAUGAUUAAUGUUGAUGAAGUUAUAAAACUGUUGAAACAAUUAAAAGAUGAUAAAAGAGCUGAUAAUAAAUUGUAA